UACUGGUUGCAUUUUAAACGUGAAGUGAUUGCAAAUUAGUUAUCCCGAUAACAUAAACUCCUGUACUGGGAAAAGCAAACGUUACCUAAGGUUAUGGUUUGGCAUCAAGUGAAUAUUUAAGGAUGAAAACGAUACACGAGUGAGUUUUUGCGAUUGUUUGAUGGGUUUGCAGCGCUGCCGCUUGGCUGUCUGAUAAACCCUUGGGUGUCCCCAGCUCGCUGGAGGAAGUGCGCUGUACUUAUGCACCAGCUGACCGGGAAACCAGAGCGGAUAAGUUGUGAGAUCAGCGUGGGCUUUAUAUAGGGAGCGAAGAGGCAGAGGGGACGGCUAGGCUAGCACAAACUGAGAGCGGAAUAGUAGGAGAGGAGCAGAUGGGAUAAAUUAGAAACGAGCGAUUCUCCCAGUCUAAUGUUAAUAGACGUUUCAUAAUGAACAGGCGAGCCGCGUGAUUCGACGCGUUUUCGUCGUUGGAACUGCAGCACCGCAAGCAGAGCUGGAGGAGGCUGAGCCGGCACAGUCAGAGCUCAGUAUUUAGUAUAUCCGAAAGCCCCAUCGCUUUACACCCUCAUAAUUGUGUCCUUGAGCUUCACUUGCACUCAGUACGACGAAGUAAUGCAGUCCACCCCAUAAAACGCAAAUAGCUCUUCCUACCCUAACCUACAGGACAGUUUCUGUUAAUUCCUUCACACGAUUUGACUUCCAGUGCUACGAGAAGUUAACGAUUUCUGAUUCGAUUUUAACAUUUUAAAUGGGUUUCUUCUUUGGGAUCGAACGCGAAAUUAAGGACAGAUAGCUUUUUAAAAAAUAUAUAUAUUCAAUUACUAAGUGUCCAGAUGACUCUGGACGCUAUCUUAAGUGAAGGAAAGGCGGAGAUCGCGAGCUGGUGUUCUUGCUAUGGCGCGAAGAUGACCCCUUACUUCUCAGAAAAUGCGGUUAUUUCACAGAAUGAGAUCAACCUCCUCAUAAGUGAGAGCUUCUUGACUGUAAAGGGCGCUGCCCUGUUCUUGCCUCGAGGAAAUGGCUCAACUGCACCCAGAAUCAGUCACCGGCGUAAUAAACAUGCAGGUGACCUUCAACAACACCUCCAAGCAAUGUUUACCCUCCUUAGACCUGAAGAUAACAUCCGUUUGGCUGUGCGAUUGGAAAGUGCGUACCUGGAACUAACGCGGUACAUGGUGGUAGUUUCCACCAAUGGCAGACAAGAUACAGAAGAAAGUAUUGUUUUAGGAAUGGAUUUCUUCAAGGAUAGCAGUACUUGCACAAUGGGCCUGGUUCUUCCAUUAUGGAGUGACACAUUGAUCCAUUUGGAUGGCGAUGGAGGAUUCAGCGUAUCAACAGUGAACAGAAUUCACAUCUUCAAGCCUGUUUCUGUACAAGCAAUGUGGUCAGCUUUGCAGAGUUUACACAAAGCCUGUGAGAUUGCCAGGACACACAACUACUACCCUGGGAGUCUGUACCUAACGUGGAUUAGUUAUUAUGAGAGCCGCAUCAAUUCUAACCAGGCCUUCAUUAAUGAGUGGAAUGCUAUGCAGGAUGUGCAGUCUCAUCGCUCUGAUUCACCUGUCCUCUUUACUGAUGUACCCACAGAGCGAGAACGGACAGAAAGGCUAAUCAAGACAAAACUUCGGGAGGUAAUGAUGCAGAUGGAUUUGGAGAAUGUCACGUCAAAAGAGAUUCGCACAGAAUUGGAGAUGCAAAUGGUCUGUAACCUGAGAGAAUUUAAAGAGUACAUUGAUAAUGAGAUGAUUGUAAUCUUGAGGCAGAUGGACAAUCCAACCGAGAUAUUUGAGCAUGUCUACCUGGGCUCGGAGUGGAAUGCAUCCAAUUUGGAAGAUUUGCAGAGCCGAGGGAUUCGGUACAUCUUGAACAUCACCCGCGAAAUUGAUAACUUCUUCCCAGGAAUAUUUGAGUACCAUAAUAUCAGGGUAUAUGAUGAGGAAGCUACAGAUCUUCUUGCAUAUUGGAAUGAUACAUACAAAUUCAUCUCUAAGGCAAAAAAAAAUGGUUCCAAAUGUCUUGUUCACUGUAAAAUGGGCAUCAGCAGGUCUGCGUCCACAGUGAUUGCAUAUGCAAUGAAAGAGUACGGCUGGAACUUGGACAAAGCUUACAGUUAUGUGAAGGAGAAACGGACUGUUACAAAACCUAACAUCAGCUUCAUGAGACAACUGGAAGAGUACCAGGGUAUCUUGCUAGCUAGCAAGCAGCGGCACAAUAAGCUAUGGCGAUCACACUCUGAUAGUGACCUUUCUGAUCACCGUGAGCGUAAUACUAAAUCUACUGUUGACUUAAACAGAAGGGACAGUACUUCCACUACAGAAAUGCCAACUGAUCCACUUACUGAACAUCUAUGUCAGCCCCAAUUUUCAGAUGUCCUAGAUACAAUUUUACCUGGAGUCCAUGAGGAAAAAAAUGAGUUAACUUUUGGAAUCAGUGCAGAGAAUGAAAUACCUUUAAAAUGUAACCCCGAUGACAUGCACAACGACAUCUCUUCUGCAACAAUGCCAGUAUCAGUGACCUCCAAGAGUUGUGCAGGUUGCAGCUCAGAUACUCUUCCCCUCCAAGGCUGCCACUCUAACCAACCAGCAGAAGUUUUGUCACUGAAUGGACUUUUUUCUUCACCUGAUCAUUCCUUGGUGGUGUUUGAUUUAGAAGUAGAUGAAUCAGAAAAAGAUUUUAGUUUAAAUUCAAACAACAUUUCAGCGCCAUUACUUGAAAUUACACCCCUGCUAGAAGAUCAUAAAGCUUCACAGGAACUGGUUUCUCCAGUCUCACCAUCAAAUGUAGAUGCUGGAAUUUGCAACUUAAGUACUGAUCGAAUUGACUUCUUCAGUGCCAGAGAAAAAUUCAUUGAGCUUUCACAGGAGAAUGGGGCUCGAGCCCAAUCACAUUCAAAAACUGAGGAGCUUGGUGGAGGGAAAUACUGUGCCACAAAAGUGGCUCCACAGGAAACCCUUGAGAAAGAGCAGCAUAUUGCAAAUGGCCAGGAACAUAUUUCGUUGGAUAACGUGGCUCAUGCAAGAGAUAAAUGUAUGGAUAAUGAUGCAGCAUCUAAUAAGGAAAAUCUGAUAUCAAAAUCAUCCAGCAAGAAGUCUUCCUUAACGAGGUCUCAGUCAUUAAAUGUUAUUUCUGUGAAAGAAAUAGUGACAGGAAUAGAGUCCUGCCAGAGUUCAGGCUUGUGCCAAAGCAAGAUGGAAAGCGUCGCCACUAACCAGACCCAAACACCAAAGAGGAAUACAGUUCAUGAACUACCAGCAGAUUUCCACUGGCUUCCUGAAAGCGGCAACACUGCAAAAAACCUUUCUGCAAACAGCUCUUUAGUUGCUGAAAAUGAUUACAAAAAAGCCAGUGAUUUGCCUGAAGCCAAGGACAAUACAUGUCAUCAGGUGCAUUUAACAGCCAAGAGCUAUGAGGAGUACCAGGAGACAGCCAUUAAAGAGUCUGCACAGGAUGGAAGCACAGGUCAAGAACAGGUGCCAAAAUGGUGUCCUGGCUCAGUAAAACGUGCAACCCAGGAGUUUGAAGAACGUUUAAAACAAGAGCAAGAGCAUCAAUCAUUGGUAACAUUACCAAUCCGUAAAAAUUCCAGAAUUGAUGGAGCUGCAGCUGGUGAAUUUGUGGUGACAAAUAAGAGUGAGGUUAUUUCUCCUGAAUUAUCUUUAUUCAAGGAUAAAGGAAAAGAAAGGAUUGCUGAAGACCAAUAUUUGCUAUUCGAGCUUAGUGUAUCUCAAAAUCAAGAACCGGUCUCAGACUCGCAGGUGCGUGAGAUAGAACAUCCAUUAAGAUCAAGGCUGGAAAUGGAACAAGCUGAACCGGGCUCUUUGAGUGCUGUGGAACAUAGGACACUUCACUCUUUUGAAAGCUCUGAGGAACUGGAUUCUUAUACCCAGCUUCCAAAGAAAAUUGAAAUCAUUGAAUACACCCAUGUAUUUAAGCCAUCAACAUCUCAAGAAGACAAUGAUAUCUUUUCCUUGGCAGGAGAAGAAACGAUCAUCAUUGAAGAUGAAUCUUCAGGAAAGGAAGAUAAGGCUAUCAUACAGUCCGCAAAUGAUCUUGAAAUAAUACAAGUAAAAACCACUGAUGCUCCAAGCCAGCCACAACUAUUACCAUUAUUGGAUGCUGUAGGUUUGGCCCAAUCCCACAACAAAGAAAUUGAAGGAAAGACCUUCAAAUCUAGUAGUCCUUCAGAAGAGCUUGACAGCUUCUCAGAGUAUGAAAUUGCUUUAUUUGUCAGUGACGCAACACGUUUGCCAUUAAAAGACUCAGAGUGUCAAACACCUGUACUACACCUUGAAGGCGUCACGGAGUCGAGUACAGAUACUGAUGCAGAGAUCCUUGGUAAGGAAUAUUCGGGGCUUCAGGAAGCUGACACCAAAAUGACAUCUUUGCAAAGAGCAGAAGGUUGCUGCGUUACUCUGCUGAGUCAUGAGGAUUUAGAGUUGAGUUUCAGCAGAUUUGAUGAAAGCAUCAGAGAAAUGCAGGGGAUGUUAAAUUUUUCAAAUCAUGAUCUUAGCUAUGGCUCCAGCAAUGACGGCAUAACUUAUCUUAACAGUACCCUGGGGGUUAGUAAUCAGCGAUCAAAGGAAAUUGAAGCUAAGAUAAGGCAGGCAGGCCUCACAACUCCAUCACAGAUGAAACGUUCAGCAUCUAUUGCUAAACUGGGUUACCUGGAGCUUUCAAGGGAUGAUUUAUUUAAAAAAGGCUUGGAUAGUUCUGGGACUUGCGAAGCAUUUUCUGACUCUAUCCAGAACACACCGGGGGCUGUGCGAAGUGAAUAUAGAACUGAGUAUGCUGUGGAAGAUGAGCCCAGCAAAAAGAAAUGUGUUUCCAUCUCUAUUCUCCAGCAAAGUCAUCAGCCCACAAUGUGUUUUGCAGAGCAACUUAAAACAUCAAAAAGUAUUGUACAAAGCAAGCCUGUAGAGAAGCCUUUAAUUCAAUACGCCAAAGCAGUUGAGCCAACUCAAGAGGAUCCACUGGCAAAUACAGAAGAGAAUCUUCCACAGAUAAAUCCUUCCUCCCCUUCUGACACAGAUGCACCCUGUCCCACCCCACUGACAGCUAUAGCACCUCGACAGCACCAUCAUAGAAAUCAUUCGUUAAAGCGAUUAAAAACGGCUAAUGAGAAAAAACGCACAACCAAUCCUUUAUAUAAUACCAUGUGACCCUAAGCCCAAAAGCUAGGCUUCCCUAUGAGAGGCAGAUGUUUUUCAAAGGAACAUGCACUUUACAAUUUGUUUUCUAUAUACUGUUAAAUGUGGGUUUUAUUUUCUCAAUGACUGCAUGUAGACCUUGGACUUCUGGCUUUUUUUUUUUAUUUCUGUAGCUGGUUUCGACUUAAAAUUGUGUGAAACCAAACCCUUUAACUACAAGAUCUUAUUUAAAAGAGCACACCAGCUAACACGGAACAAGCUUGCAGUUAAUCAACAUGUUGUUUAACAUACCUCUAAUUGAAAUCAGGGAAAAACUGCUCUAUGUGAUAAGUUCUGUACUUUUUAUUUUACAAAUGUGAUGUCACCUUUUGCUUUUAAAUAACAUUCUUUCCUGCCAUACAUUAUGUACCUAACCUAAUCCUCCUGCUCAGAGAAAAUACUGACCAUUAUGAUUUUAUAGUAUCAAUACCUUUACUGAUACAAUUCUGGGUUUCUCUUUUCUUCCCCCUCAAAAAUACUUGUGUAGUUUUGUGAAAAAUGGCUGUUGAGCCCUUGUGUUAUAGUGAAACACGGUAUAAAACAGAAUCCAGAUUGCACUAUCCCUUAAUCAUCCCCAAGCUUGCUGAAAGUAAAAUUGAGAUAACUCUCUUCGCAGGGCUGUACAGAGACUGUUAGCUGCAAUAUUUUUGACCUGCUGAACUCUUCUCAUUUUCCAUCACAAUGAAAUGGGUUUACAAAUGGUUUUUGUGUUAGUUUGUGUGUUCAUUUUAAGGUGGUCUACAUUCAGGGUUAAUGUGAAUUAUUACUUGAACACUGCAGUGGGCUUUUGAUAAGACCUUCCACAUCAGUUUAAAGGGGAAUCUUUGUAACAAAUGCCUUUUCUUUAUAUUCUUUUUGUGUAUUCUACCCCUAAAGUGCCAUCUGUUGGUCCAAUGGAAGGACUUGAAUUCAUCCCGUGUAACCAACUUUAAUAGGGAAUCACUUCUAAUGUGAUUUCUCCUUUAAAGAGAGAAAACUUGUAAUUUUUUUUAGUUUUAUAAAUUGCUGGUAUGGUAUUUGUAUUUUGUUGAAGGGGUGAAUCUAAAUUUGCUGUCUUCAUCCCUGUUACAUGUAUAAUAUUCAACAUUUCACCUGUCCACCAACACCACCCCCCCCCCCCCCACCACCCCCCAACCCUGCCUGGGAGUACAUUUGAUAAAGCCAACAAUUCUUAUUUUAAACUGGAACUAUUUUAAUUACAAUAUGCCAUCUAUUUUUACUUCAAUUUGGUUACAGCAGCAGGAACGUCAGCAUUUUACUUGGGUCAAUAGACACUCGUACUACUAGGAAUAAUUUAACAUUGCUUCAUCCGAUAGUACUGCGAUACCUAGGCUAGAAGUUGUACUGGAAACUUGUGGAAAAUAAGUUGAGAAUAUCAGUAGUAUUUUUGUAAUAAUGGUUUUCUCCCAUGUACAUAAAGUUUGCAAAUAUGACUGUUUUCCUGCAUUCUCAUGUAGUCUUGUUCUGCCCCGCCUCUUAAAAAUUGCACAGUUAUACUUGGUGUAAUAAAAGCUGUAAGCACUGCUCAUAUUCCAUACAUUAAAUUGUUUAUCCAAUUUUAGACAACAAACACAACUUCCUGCAGAACUACUAGUUACAUUUUAUCGUAGUCAUUAUUAAUGUGCUCUUGGGUUUAACUGGGAUAUCCUGGAUAAGUGUAUCUUUUUAAUAAUUUAAAAUGCUGUGUAACUGGCACAAAAACUAAGCAGAAGCAUUAUAAUAGAUUCAACAAAUCUCAAUCACUUUGAGAAAUAAUUGUGGAAAAAGCUGUAAUGUCUAAAACACAAGAUAUUUGGAACAUUCAUUAAAAAUUAUGUUUAAAUCAUGAUAAAAGAGUAAAACAAUGGAAUUUUGGGUUCCAGUUAUAAACUAGCAUUAUUUGUUCUCUAUACUUAAGAGAGCCACUUUUGUGUUUUUGGAAAUCUACAUCGCAUGCUUUUUUUUUAAAAAGAUAUGCGAAAUACAGUUUUCUCUGUUCAUGUUCCCUUUCCUUGAGUACAUUGCUGCCAGUUCCUCCCAGUUGGGAGAGUGGGUGAAGGCUGUGCUGCCUUUAACCAUUAUCACUUACAUAUUUUUUUAUGAGCAGAUGACCAUUCAGGCCGAGCAGCUUGAUUAUGCCAUUUUUUUUGGUCACUCUACCUUGCCGGCAGUCCCAUUUCAUCUAGUGUCUCACCUUAGUACUGAACCCAACUCAAGUCAUAGCAACCUGUAGCACGUAGAGCCGGUUAGGAUGGGUUUGCGCACUCAUUUAGACUGCUGGGCUGUUGUUGAGUCUGUUUGGUUUGAUUUCAAGAUCCCUGAUCAAGAUUCCUGUCUGUCCUAACCCGAAAUCAUGCAAUUAAUCACUGCUUUCAAAGCGUAGCAAAUUAACCAGGGCGUUUACAAUUUUUACUGACUUGUUUUUAAAAACUCCAAUCUCCACAAGCUCCUAGUACUGCUGUAUAUCCAUUUUUGUCUAAUUAUGGCUUCCGUUGUAAAUUAAAGGAAGAUAUUAGACUGAUAACCAAAUGAAUUUUGCCUGGAACAUGAUGUGAAAUUAUCUGCUAGGAGGACCAGACAGCACAUUGAUGCUCAGUUUGAAUACAGAUGUCAUGAGUCUGGAGCCUGCUAUUGGAAUUUGUUUUUCAAACCACUGCAGUUCAACAACUUUUAAAGGGCAUUUUUAUAUGUGGUCUUUUUAAAAUGUGGUUAUUAUAUUGUUUACAUUGUGAAUAUUUGAGCUGUACAUUUUCUUAACUUAUAGCUGUACCCUACAUGCUGUGUGUGUGCCGUCUGUUGCCUUGGCAUUCAGGUUUCACAUUUGGUUCAUACUAGUGAAACUGAUUUUUACACCAUUGUUUGUUCAAACAAAAAUGUAAAUUAUGUGACUGCAUGUGCUGUAUGGAUACAACUUCAUUUUUAAGUCUGUUUUUGUAAUACAGUAGUAUGAGUACCACAAUACCUAGCUUUUUAAAAAAAUCUAGUACGUUAUCUUCCGCCGUAUGGCACCAUCUUUCAAGUCUAUCAUAGUACGGAGUAUUUGUUAUGGCACAAGUCAUGACAGUGCCUUCAAAUAAAUCUGAACAAACCAUUUACAAUAGAUCAAGUAGAAACACUUGACAAUUUAUUUUGUUCCACAGGCUCUGUUGCACAGACUGUAGUUUUCACUUCAUAACUUAACUUCAUGAGGCUUAAUCAGUCUACUUGACAAUUUGCAGUUUCUGUCACUGGUCCUACACUUCAUGUUAGAUUGUCACUGUAUGCUAUUUUUCAUGAUGGGAUGUUCCACUGUACAAUAAUUUUUUUAUUGCAAGUGUGCUAAGUUGCUUAAUGUGAAGUAAUGCACUGUUGUAUGAAGUACAAUGUUCUUGUUACAAAAUUAAUAAAUUUUUAUUUUGGAG